GACUUUGAAGAGAGGAGUUGUGCGCCGUCCUCCCUUGCCUUUCGUCAAUGUCUCUCUCCUCGUCGUUCGUCCCUAUUUCUCACCUCGCCAUUCAUUCGCGUUCGUCGCCAUCCCUCAACUCGUUGUCUUGGGCCGACCAUCGCCAUCCCCAAACAAAAAAUCAGAUUAUAUUGAACUUUGGAUUUCUUCAUUCUACCAUUUGCAAGUCUUCUAUAUUGUCUUGUCCAGGUAUGCCUCAAAUUUCUCUUUAAUUUUGCAAUUUUUUUAAUACUCCCUGAAGAAGAAUUGUUUUCUCUAUUCAUCUUGUGGAGUCAAGCCCCGUAUAUAUACAAAAACAUAAGUCUCUUAAGAUUGGAGUUUAAGGCUAGAUGAGGCCUUAUGGGCCUAUAGGACUGCCUUUAAAACACCAAUAGGCAUGUCUCCUUAUAGGUGGAUAGGCCCUUAUGAAGUGCUUAAAGCUUAUAACCAUGGUGCUGUUGAUAUAAGAAGCCUUGCUACUAACAAAAUUUUUAAAGUAAAUGGCCACAGGUUGAAGCUUUACAGGGAAGGUGUCCAGGUAGGACUCGUGGAGGAGAUAAUUCUAGAGGACAUUCCUCUAUACGUUUGGUUGGAGAUGUAGUGAAGCUUGCAAGGGUCUAGCCAAGACCAUAAAGAGGGCAGCUAACUGGGAGGCAACCCAGCAUUUAAAAAAACACUUCUUUUUAAUAUUUUCAAUUACAUUCUGCAUUUUUUCCCCCACCCUCUCUAUUUCUUUUUCUCUCACCCACCCAUUCCAUAUCCCCUUCUUUUUACCCCUUCUCGUGCGUACAUGUUUUAUGCCUACCACAGGGCCUACUGCUUGUUUUUCACACUGAGGACAGUGCAAAAGGUAAGUGUGGGGGGGUGCUUAUGAAUAUUUCAAUCCUUCUAACUUGAAGAGACAAGGUACGCAUCCCUUAAGUAUUCUUUGGAUCCUAGAUUGCUGAGAAAUAGGUUGAAAUGAGGAAAGUUGCUGAAUUUUGAUGGUGAAUUUGUCUCUUUGAUUCUGAUUCAAUGUCUUUGGUAUUAUAACAGCCCUGAUUCUUCUCUGUUCCGAAUGUUUGUCACUGCAAAUGCUUAUUUUAGUAAAGAGGGACAAUGAGCAUGUUGUUUAUCUGCAUUCAUCACAUCUAGGAGGCCAAUUAUGCAUAAAGAACUGCAAUAAAUUGUCCAUUUAAGCAUAUUUAGGGGCUGAUUUGUUAGUUUAAACCUGGCCAGUUUGAUUGGACUUAUUCUCCGUAAGAUUCUGCAGAUUUAAAGAUGCAUUUAUACCUUAAGGGUCUCAUACCUGGUUGCUAGAAUCUUAGGAAAAUCUGCAUUUUAGAUGUGAUUGGUUAAAAAAAAAAAGAGAGUUUAAAAGUUUUUAAGUUUUUAAAAGAAAACUUAGGUUAAUGAAAAAAGUAAGCAUCUCAAAAGGAAUUAGGAAUCACAAUAGUUUCCUUUAUCUUUUAGCACCCUAAGCGUUGCAUUUUAGCAUUAAAUUUAAAUUAAAGUUGUAACAAAUAGGGUUGAGUGUUUUAAAAGUGAGUUUGCUACUGUAAAGUUUAAAUCAUUGCUUUUAAGUCAUAGCUGAUCAGAACCUAUUUUUAUUUAAUUUCAUAUCUUUUAAUUAGCUAAGUUCAAGGUGCAUAAUUUAUUUAGAAGUGUUUAGAGCAGUUUUUUUUAACUGUUUUGUCCUAAGUUGCUUUUCAAGUAAAGUUAAUCUUUUGGAAAUCUCUUUUCUUACCUAAAUUUUGGUUACCUACAUAUUAUCAAGAUGCUGAAAUGAAUAAAUGUGUAUACUGGAACACCAUCUUAGGUUGGCAUGGGUGGCACGACACUUUUGUCCCCUUAAGCAACAGAUCCUAAAAAGAAGUGUUGUGUAUGGAGAAAACCUGAGUUGGAAGAGCAAACCCCGUUUUUGGGCCGUACGAAUCUCGUCCAUAACCAGUUCAAAAUAAAAAGAACCGACGCCAUUGAGCCCAAAAAAAAAACGAGGCAAUAAAUGGCUAGGAACAAAAAAAAGAGAGAAUAAAUAAUUGAGUAAAAAGGUUGUUUGAGCACUCGAGUUGAUACCCUCGGAAUACUUCGUUAUUUAGGUCCCGGGCUAUCUGGAAUGGGUCUUGGGUAGCCUGGUUGAGACUCGCUACACGGGUCAACUCAAACAACUAAAAAUUUAAUAUUAAAUCAAAGUAAUAAUUAAAAGUUUCCAGAUUUUAGGAAAGAAAAUAAAUUUUCUUAAGCUUUUCUUUAUUUGAGUGUUUCUUAGGACUUCUAACUACCUAUUGCUGCUCUAUUUAUUUCUUUUAAAUUCUUCUCAAUGAUCUUAGUUAAUUUAAAGGUUUGACAUCAAAUGAAAAUAGUUUCUACUUAGUUUUGAAGUGAAAGACUUGUUUUAAAGUUUAAAGUAGCAAGCUGAUUUUUAAGGUGUUCACUCUGUUUGGUACAAUUCUAAUCUUUAGUUAAUGUUUUAAGCAACACCUUAGAUUGUUUAGAGAUAGGGGAAUUGUUGUGAAUUCUGCUUUCUAACACAAAAAGAAAGAUUCGAUUGUCAAAAUCUACUUUGCACGAGGGCGUGCAAAAGGCUAAGUGUGGGGGUAU